AUGAAGAGAAACACACUUGUAGGAGGAAGUGAAAGCUACAUAUCUGGAAAUAACACCAGAAUAAGGAUAUUACCGCCAAAUACAUUCAAUUUCAGACCAAAAGAUCAUAUCCAAGUUUAUGAUAUGGAAAUAUGCUUAUUGGAUAUUAAGGACAUAAUCAGAAGACAAGAAAAAGGUUGUAUGCAAUCUAAUAUCAAUAACCCUGCAGUAUAUUUUACACCAAGACCAACAUAUAUUAUGUUCGAUGGAAUAGCUAUGACAUUGGAAGAAAUACAAAUAAGGCGUGAUGAAAUCAAGUAUGCCGCAAAUUGGGCCAAGAUAAUGAAAGGAUGUUAUUUCGAGUAUCAAGAACUGAUAGAAAGAAUAUAA